CGUCAGCUGGGAGGCGUGAGUGAGUGAGUGAGGGGCCGAGGUGCCGCCUGCACACACACUCACACACAUACACACACACACACACACACUCUCACACACAGAGCACAUCUUCCAGACCCAACCCCUGCCUGCCAGUUCCACGUGCCAGAGAGAGGCAGAGCUCGGACGCCGCAGGAGGCAGUGCCUGGACCCCAGCUGCCCGGGAGAGACGGAGCCUGUGACUGGUGAGGCCGCAGAGCAGGGCCAGGCCGGGCCCUGCCCGCAAGGACGCCCAAGCCCUCCACCGGCCCCUGGGCCCCAGAGCCCACCAGGCUCUCCUGCUGGCCCCACCAUGACUUCCGAGUCCACGUCGCCCCCGGUUGUGCCCCCGCUCCACUCUCCCAAGUCCCCUGUCUGGCCCACCUUCCCCUUCCACCGGGAGGGCAGCAGGGUCUGGGAACGGGGUGGUGUCUCAUCUCGGGAUCUGCCCAGUCCUCUGCCCACCAAACGGACCAGGACGUAUUCGGCGACAGCCCGUGCCUCGGCUGGCCCCGUUUUCAAGGGAGUCUGUAAGCAGUUCUCACGCUCACAGGGCCAUGGCUUCAUCACCCCGGAGAACGGGUCCGAGGACAUCUUCGUACAUGUAUCUGACAUCGAGGGGGAGUACGUGCCGAUGGAGGGCGACGAGGUGACCUACAAGAUGUGCCCCAUCCCGCCCAAGAACCAGAAGUUCCAGGCUGUGGAGGUGGUGCUCACCCAGCUGGCCCCCCACGCUCCCCAUGAGACGUGGUCUGGCCAGGUCGUGGGCUCCUAGACUGGGUGAUUCACAUGCCAGUUUGCUGGGGGGCAGGGAACCACACAGGGUGGAUGACGGGCAGCAGCCGGUUCCACGCCCUCACUGCCCUGGCUGACCAGUCUCCCAGGUGGCCUCAGUGUGCACGUCUGUCUGUCUGUCCGUGCUUGUGGCCAUGAGUGUGUGCCUCCACCCACCCAUGACCCAUGACUGCCACGUGGGCUGGCCAGAAGCUGGUCGGAGGGCGAGGCCAUCAGACCUGGUUUCUCUGCUGUCCACUGCCUCUCUUUCCUCCCCUCCCUGCCAAAGACACAGGACCUGCUCGCCCUCCUGCCCACCUGCCCCCACGUUUACUGGGCCUCUGAGAGCUUACAUCAGGCUCA